AAUCAAAACCACAACUCUCACUUACUUUGACCACUGCCUUCCCAUCACCACCACAAAUCUUUCUUUCUUUCUCUGUCUAUCUAAUGCUCACAUGGCUACCCCACUCCCCUGAUCUUUUGAGAGAGAAACCUGCAAACAGAGAGAGUUAAGCAGCCCCUUCUCUUUCUUUUUCUCUUUCCCUUCUCUUUGAUGUCAAGAUAGAAAAAAGAGAGAAAAAAAAAAAAAAGAAUUAGAGUCUGUCUCUUUUCUCUCAUUGAAACAAAACCCUAAUUCAACUUCAACCCCAUAUGAGGCAAAAAAACAAAAGCAAACAAAGAAAUCCAAAGACUUAAACUUCCAUUUGUAUCUCCUCUCUCUUUCUCUCUCUCUCUCUCUCUCUCUCUCUCUCUCUCUCUCCUGCUGCAAACCAUCAAUUUCAUGAUCCGCGGGCUGUUUAUUCUCUUCUUUAUACAUACCCUUUUGCCCAAAGACAAAGUUAGCAAGCCUAACGCUGUCUUCUUUGCAGAUCAGAGCUUCUUUAAAGACGACAACUUUGGUGGAAGUAUGUCGUCAAGUGGUGGAGAUGAUGAGUAUGAUUCACGCGCCGAGUCUUCAAUCUCAGCUUUCUUGAACCACAGCAACAAUAACAACCCAUUAACCCAUGUUGGUCCCAUGCCUAAUCCGCCACCGCCACCGCCAGACCACCACCACCAUCAGCACCAAACCCACCACUCCAUGUUUGACCCUUUAUCAAACUACUUUGAUCCUUUGUCAUCAUCAAGACCACCCCCACCUCUCACACACCCAAAUUCGCUUCUCAAUCUUGAUAUGGUUUGGUCUAAGAACUUGAGAUCUGACACAAAUUGCACUGAUCUUGGCGGUUUCAUAGCCACUUCUUCCUCACCAACCCAACAAUUUUUCACCAACCAAACUCAAACUGGACCCACUUAUAAUCCUUCUAUUCAGAUCCCUCCAGUACAAGAAACCACUGCUCCUUCAAGAGGACCGGGCUCAGCUUCAGCUUCAGGUUCAAAUGGUCAUCAGACCAACAACACCACCACCACCAAUAUAGUUCGCAAUCCAAAGAAAAGGUCAAGAGCUUCAAGGCGUGCACCAACAACUGUUCUGACUACAGACACCACCAAUUUCCGAGCCAUGGUUCAGGAGUUUACUGGUAUCCCUGCACCACCCUUCACUUCUUCACCUUUUCCAAGAAGCAGGCUUGACCUGUUUGGCACUGCUGCUGCUUCUUCUUUGAGAUCAGUAGUUUCCCAUCUAGAACCUUCACAUCCUUCGUAUCUUUUGAGACCUUUUGCUCAAAAAAUCCAACCUCCAUUUCUCUCUUCUUCUUCUUCUUCUUCUAUGAUCGACGCUAUAGCUUCCAGUACUACUACUUCUACUAACAUCAACAGUAAUGCUACUACUAAUACAACUACCAAUACUACUUCCAAUUCUGAUUUGAGCCUUUUAAAGUAUCCACAAAAUCUACUCAAUAUCAACAUGCACAACAGCCCAAUGCUCAAUUUCCAUUCUCUUUUUCAACCAUCUCCUAAGUACUCACUUCCUAAUUCUUCCAUACUUGCCACCAAACCACAAGAGGGGUCGUUAGACACUCCAUCUAAUGAUCCCCAUCUCAAAAUGGGUGUUUUGGAAGAGUUCGGUUUGAGCCAUGGCCAUGUCAGUACCAACCUUACAGGUCUGCAUAAUCUCGUAUCAUCAUCAGACACAACAUUGCGAAGAAGUGAUCACAACAGCAGCAGCAGCAGCAACAACAACAACAACAAUAGUGGCAACUGGGGAGAUAGAAGAGUAGGGUCAAAUGAAGGUGACCAUCUCUUGAGGUCUAUCAAUGGCAACUACAAUAAUAACAACAGUAGUAGUAACACGCAAAGAGUUGUUGCUAAUAAUGGGAAAGUAAACUACUCGGCUUCUUCAUCAGAUUUUAAUCAUGGUGAUAAAGGGCCUGAGACCAAUGUGGUGGUGGCUAAUACAAGAAGUGAAGGUAUGGUGGAAUCAUGGAUUUGUUCUUCAGAUUAGGAAAAUAUAAAAAUUAUAAUCAUCUAUAUAAACCAUCAUAGAGGAGAAUAAUGCAGAAAAAAAAAAAUGAUGGUGAGUAUCUUUGAUGCAUGAAAGAGAAGAAUAUUUUUUCUGUCUCUCCCAUCUUAACCAUGAUAUUUCAACAUAAUUAGAACAUUGUUCUUUUUCUUUUUCUCUUUCUUUUUUUAUUUUCUAUUCUUAAUUAUAUAUGUAAAUAAUAUCCUCUUCUUCACUUUCUCCA